AUGAAGGUACUGGAGGACCUUUCUGAGGAAGAGGAGGAGGAGGAAGAGGAGGAGGAAGAGGCUGACUUUACUCCUUCUCAAAAAGAAAAAAUCACAAAUUACAGUGUGACAAAAAUCAAAAAGUUUUUAGCUGACACUAAAGGUCAAUGGGCGGUCAAAGUGGAAAAUUUUUUCCCAGAUUUAAAUGGUUUUAUAAACUCAGUGAAUCGUUUUCAAAGAGAGAAUGCGUUUACUGAGCAGGAAGUCUACAGACUCAGUAAACUCAAAAAAAGGGUCAAAGAAACACUCAGAGUGACAAGUAACUGAUUUUUAUGAUGUCGUGUUUUUUAUCCCCUGUUUUUAUUUGUUCAGUUCUUCUCACAGUUUUUAUGAACAUUCGUAUUGGGACUCUAAACAUAAACGGAGCUCGGUCAGACUAUAAGAGAGCAUCUCUGUUCCAGCUGUGCCAGCUGAAAAAGCUGGACGUACUCUUUGUGCAGGAGACCCACAGUGAUCAGAGGAAUGAGGGGGACUGGAGAAGGGAGUGGCCAGGCCAGGUCUAUCUGAGUCACAAAGUGUCCAACAGUGCUGGGGUGGGGAUCCUGUUCUCCAGGUUCUUUAACCCUCAGACUGUGCAGGUGCACCAGGUGAUGGAUGGACACAUUUUAAUGGUUAAGGCUCAGUAUGAGGAUUUUAAAUUUGUUUUUGUGUGUGUUUAUGCUCCAGUGCUGGGCAGAGACAGAAUGCUGUUUUUAAAUACUCUGUGUGAUGUGGUGGGGGGUGUGGAGGAGGGUUUUUUAUUCCUGGGGGGUGAUUUUAACUGCACUGCUGAUGCAGUGAUGGACAGGAAUCACCUGGAGCCUCAUCCUGCCUCAUCCACUCGGCUAAAAAGACUGAUAGAAACUCAUGACCUGAAGGACGUGUGGAGAGGGUUGAAUGGCUCCACCAGGCAGUACACCUGGUCCCACUGCAAGGACAACAGCUUGUCUCUUGCCAGACUGGACAGAUUUUAUUGUUUUAAACACCAUUUCGGCAUUUUUAGGAAAUGUCUUAUUGUCCCUGUGGGUGUGUCUGAUCACUUUUUAGUCCAGUGUGACUUUUUUAUUCAGAAUGUGAAGACAUCCAGCGCCUACUGGCAUUUUAACACGGCUCUUUUAGAAGACUGUGCUUUUAAAGAUGCUUUUAGGUUUUUAUGGGCUUCACACAGGGACAGGAAGGCAGAGUUUUUAUCAGUGCAGAGAUGGUGGGACUAUGGGAAGGUUUUAAUUCAGCAGUUCUGUCAGCAGUAUACUCGCAACGUCACCAAGUACAUCACCAGAUCCCUCCAGGUCCUGGAGACUGAGGUACAGAACCUGUUGGACUGUACAGGAGAAGGGAGGCAUGUUGAGGCCCUCCAAAAGAAGAAGGCUGCCAUAGCCAACCUGCUGGGCACUACAGCACAGGGGGCGCUGGUGCGCUCCCGCUACAUGAACGCCUCCAUGAUGGACGCCCCAUCGAAGUUCUUCUUCAGCCUGGAGUCAAAAAACGGACAGAGGAAGGUGAUCCACAGCCUGCGCGCCACUGACGGAUCAACCAUCACUGGGGCCUCAGAGAUCCGCAGGCAUGCCACAUGUUUUUAUAGAGACCUUUUUAAAAGUGAACUGGUGGAGGAUCCACAGCUGGAGGCAGACUUUCUGUCUGACCUCCCUCAGGUGGGACAGUCGGGGAACUCUCUCCUGACAGCAGACCUGACUCUGGAGGAACUGCAUGUGGCCCUCAUGAGCUUGGCCAACGGAAAGGCCCCAGGCAUCGACGGGAUCCCAGUGGAUUUCUAUAAGACUUUCUGGCCCGUGGUGGGCGAGGACUUAUUGGAAGUAUUUCAGGAGAGUUUGAGAACAGGACUGUUACCGCAGAGCUGCAGGAGGGCUGUCAUAACCCUGCUCCCCAAGAAGGGAGACCUCCAAGAACUGAAGAACUGGAGACCGGUCUCACUGCUCUGCGGGGACUAUAAGGUCCUCUCCAAAGCCCUGGCUCUACGGCUGCGAGAGGUGAUGGCGGAGGUGAUUCAUGUAGACCAGACUUACUGUGUGCCCGGCAGACUGAUCAGUGAUAACAUCACUCUGAUUCGGCAUGUUUUGGACGUCUCUAGCUCUUUAGGCGUUGACACUGGUCUGAUUUCCAUAGACCAGGAAAAGGCUUUUGAUCGGGUUGAACACCAGUACCUGUGGAAGACGCUCGCCGCCUUCGGGUUCAGCCCAGAUUUUAUAGCCAGGGUUCGGGUUAUGUACCGUGACGUUGCGAGCAUACUCAAGAUUAAUGGUGGUCUGGCUGCUCCCUUCUGCGUUCAAAGAGGGGUUCGACAGGGUUGCUCCUUAUCAGGAAUGCUCUAUUCUCUAGCGAUAGAACCGCUAUUAGAAAGAAUGAGGAGGACUCUGACAGGAGUUCUGUUCCCAGGAUGUCCUUCAGCGAUAAAACUAACAGCAUACGCUGACGACAUCAUGGUGGUUUUAAAUACACAGAAAGACAUUCAGGUUUUAGAGGACAAAGUAAAUCUUUUUAACAAACUGUCUUCAGCCAGGGUCAACUGGGCCAAGAGUGUGGCCUUCACCACAAACAGGGACUCCUUGGGGGGGCUGGUUCUUCCUGGGGGGCUCCAGUGGACAGUGGGGGGGCUUAAAUAUCUUGGGGUGUUUUUAGGGGAUGAACAGUUUUUAAAGAGAAACUGGGAGGGGGUCCUUGAGGCUGUCGAGGGCCGACUGAAGAGGUGGAGGUGGUUGCGGCCGUCCAUGUCGUACAGGGGGAGGACCCUGAUCAUUAACAACCUGGUGUCGUCCUUCCUGUGGCACAGGUUGGCUGUUGUAGACCCUCCCCCUAACCUGCUCUCCAGGGUCCAGACUGUUUUAAUUGACUUUUUCUGGGACAAGCUCCACUGGCUCCCACAGGCGGUGCUGUUCCUCCCUGUGGAAGAGGGAGGUCAGGGGCUGGUGCACCUGGCCAGCAGGGGGGCAGCGUUUAGACUACAGUUUAUCCAGCGGCUGCUGUACGGGCCCCAGGACCUCGUGUGGAGGCCCCUGGCUCGGCUGAUUCUGCGGAGCGUGGGCGGCCUUGGCCUACAGGAGACUGUGUUUUUAUUGGAUUUUAAGACUGUGAGUUUUUUAUCCCUGCCAGUGUUUUACCGAGGUGUGUUCAGCGUGUGGAAGCUGCUGUGGAGGCAGAGGGUCCAGCACCAAACCUGCUGCUGGCUGCUGAGGGAGCCGCUGGGCCGUGGAGGCCUGCUGAGCAACCCCCCCUGGGCAGGAGCAGCGGUGGCCGAGGACCUGAGGACAGCGGGGAUCACCACGCUGGGGACCCUGCUGGACAUCACCGGACCCGACCUGCAGGAGACGGAGGAGCUGGCGAGGCGCUUGGGCUGGAGAUCGAGGAGGAACAUGAGCCGACUGCUGAACCACUGGAGGACCUGCCUGACGGGACGAGACCGGCAACUGCUGGGAGAACAGCGACAGGAACAGACUGCCCCCUGUCCCAACCUACCGUUCCCCCCCCUCAUCAUCCGUCCGGGACCAGACCUGCAGCAGGAGGUGAGCCUGGAGAAGGCCGAGGGAAAGGCUCUCUCGGCUCUAAUGGUGAGGACGAUAAACCGAGAGAGACUGCAGCAACACAUCCGGUCCCCCUGGAGGGCUCGGCUGGUCCUGGGGGACAAGGUCCAGGCUGAGUGGAGGAGCCUGUACAAGCCUCCACUCUCCAAGAGGGUGGCUGACCUCCAGUGGAGACUAAUUUAUGGGAUUUUAGCUGUAAACUCUUUUAUUUCCAUCAUGAACUCAUCAGUCCAGAACAACUGUCCGUUCUGUGGAGCAGUGGAGACCAUCGUCCACUGCUUCACUGAGUGUCCUCGCCUCGCUCCUCUGUUCGAACUGAUGGAAUGUGUGUUCAGGAGAGCAGACGAGGUGUUUUCUUUUAAGACAUUCAUUCUUGGUUUUAAAUACAAAAGAGCUCAAAAAGAAAAAUGCCAAAUGUUGAACUUUGUGCUGGGACAAUCAAAAUUGGCGAUCUACAUGAGCAGGAAGUUGAAAGUGGAGGACGGUGUGGACUGUGACCCGGUGCUGCUGCUGAGCAGAACCAUCAAAGCGAGGAUUCUGAUUGACUUCAAGUACUAUAGAGAAAUGCAGAACAUGCUGCGGUUUUAUCAAACAUGGACCCAUGGUGGAGUACUGUGCUCAGUUAAAGAUGGUGGACUGGAGUUUUCAGAUCAGCUGGUCUGAUCUGGUUUUAUUUAUUGUUUUUAUUUAAAAUAUGUAUAUAUAUAUAUAUAUAUAUAUAUAUAUAUAUAUAUGAUGCUGAUUGUUGUUGUUGAAAAAAUGACUUGAAUAAAGUUGUUUUGAAAAAUCAAAAUCUCUCUCUCUCUCUCUCUCUCUCUCUCUCUCUCUCUCUCUUUCUCUCUCUCUCUCUCUCUCACACACACACACACACACACACACACACACACACACACACACACACACACAUGCAGUGGCCUGGAGAGCGAGGAGGACAAAGACAUCUGCAAGAUGGUCUCGGACAUGCAGCGGCUCUGAUGUUUCUCUCUGAUGCCGGUUGAAUGGCGAGCUGUGAUAGCUAACUGUGAUGUGUCUUCCUGGUCUCUCUCCUGCUGGUUUCUUUGUAUUUGUGCAGAAAGACCAUCAUGCAAACAGACAGAGAUGUUGACAGAGUCAGGUCUUCUUUAAAGGUGGUCCAGGUCCUCCAGGUUCGCUUGGUGUCCUCCGCUUUAACAGUCUGUUUGAUUAUUUAGCCUCUGACACUCAAAGAGAGCAUUGGCUGUAUUUGGCUUCAUAUCUUCUGCAUGAAUGCUUUAAAAUAAUGUUAAUCAUCAGGUUGCAGGAUAAGGUGACUGUGACCUCUGCAGUAUUUCUUAGAGCAAAAUUUAGGAACAUUUAACCUGCUAAUCUCUGCUAAUCUCAGAAUACAUUUUUUCCAAAAGAGCCGAGCAGGUUUACCUUCAUCAAAGAUCUGAGUCAAAGACACUAGAUUCUAAAACUUCAGGAGGUUUCUCCUUUCAAUGGGGUUUCUGGAUUCUUUCAGUUUUAUAGAAGGAAAUCCUCCCCUCAGUUAUUUCACCCUCUUACACACACACUCUCUCUCUCUCUCUCUCUUUCUCUCUCUCUCUCUCUCUCUCUCACACACACACACACACACUCGCACACACACACACACACACACACACACACACACACACACACACACACACACACACACACACACACACACACACACCUGUUGUAUUCAUCUCUCUGGGGACGAGCCUCACUGCUGACUGGAUGUUAAUAAAAGUGCAGAGACUGCAGCACCAUGUGGAUGGAGCUCAGACAGAUGUUUCAGUGAUCCCACAUGCUGAAAGGAGAAGUGUGUGAUGUGACAGACGACCCACAGCUUCAUACCAACAAGUCUCUGAAAAAACUCAGCUGAGAUGGUUUUUACCAACCCCUAACAGAAUCCCCCUGGUUUAGCCUGAGACUGUUAGUAAUCCAGGAAAGUGAAAUGAUAAGCUCUGCUUAAAAGCAUGACACUCAAAUGAAACUUAACAGAAAAGUCUUGUCAUAUUUGUUAAGACAUGGAAGAGGUGAAAAUAUUUUCAGAAAUAUUGAGCCUGUUUAAGCGCCUUUCUCAGGACAGGAAAGGAAAGAAACCAGCCGAGACAUUUUCUCUCUGAGGGGACGAAUGAGUUAGACAUCUUUGACCUUUGACUUUUAAGACAAACAAUGAUCUCUCAUGAACUGUUUUCAAAACAGAUCUAGGUGAUAUUGGGACUCAAAGGAAUACUUUAAAAGUGAAUCUUAAAAAAGAAGAGAUCAGAUCUAAGGGGUUCUUUAAUCCUGCAGUUUAAUCCUGCUCCAGGUACUGAGACUACAGUCCUCAUCAGGGUCACUGGUUUGACUUUGAUUCCCCAUAAUGUUUCCUAUCUGGCUGUUAAGAUGUCCUAAAUGAGGCCAAAACAUGACACAGGAAAUAACUUGAGUCAACUGACAUAAUUGGAAGUCAUUUACUUUGUCCUAUUUUUUUUUACUUUGUCCUAUUUCUUCUUAUUCUUAUUCUUAGACUGUGUUUGCUUUGAUCUGGUUGUCUUAUUCUUAGACAGUGGUUGCUUUGAUCUGGUUGUUUUAUUCUACUAUUUUUAUCUUUAAAGUGAGAGUGUUUAGCCCUAGAACACUAUCUCUAAAAGGUAACACCAUCACUAAUGCUGGGUGAUUUUUACCUGAUUUAAUCUAUGCAAUAAAAAGUACUUGUCAUCAAAAUAUAUAUUUUUGACAAUACGUGACAAAUUAGAGUAGUGUUCCUUUUUUUCAGCUGUGUCAUGUCAAACAAAAUGCUUAAUAAAAGUGUCAUGGGGGUCCUCAAAAAAUGUUCCAAAAUUACUAAAAAACUAUAAAUUUGAGAAUAAAAAAUUCUUCAAAAAAUAAUGAAACUGAAAACUUGGUAUUUGUACCCCCCCUUACCUGGAACAUUUGAGACUUCCCUGGUAAAGGCACAGUCUCCUUGACACAAGAACAGCUUCAGGAGAGAGAAACAAAAAAAUGACAUUUUUCAAGUGGGUAAAAAUGGCUAGCUGACAAAAUUACUUUCUUCGCCAUGUGAAUUCCCUUGGAAAUCACCACUUUGUGAUAUUUAUUUAUAACUACUGAACUAAAUAAGUAGAAUAUGCAAAUUCCAGGACUGCUCUUCAUUACAUGCAGUAAGUAUAUGCAGGGUACUAUUGGUAAUUCACAGGUUUUCGUUAAUGCAUAUUAAUCUUUUUCUGUAGGACUGCCACAACUCUACCUGCUAGCUAUCUAGCUUGAUAACACAGCUUUUGGCUGCAUAAAUGUGCACACUUAAUUAGUUAAUUAGCUUUGUUUUACUUACUAGCUGGGAUACCAGAGACACCAAGCCUGCAACAGGGUAAAAGUUGUAGAUGAUACAUAUGAACAUAAAUAUGCUGAAUGUUGA